AUGUUUGUUCGACUUUCAUCAAUCAAGAUGGAGCUGUACAUAACAAUUCUUACCUUAACCAUUGUUCUCUCAACUGAUGCUGAAAUUGUACAUGAAUAUGUCGGAAUUCAUGGAUGCUCUGAGACAGAUGGAGAGGAUAUGCAUGGACUUGAUGAAGAGGAGAUGUGGCAUGCAGACUUCAAUCAGAAAAGAGGAGUAGUAACAUUGCCUGAUUUUGCAAAUCCUUUGGAAUUUCCUCAGUAUUAUGAAACAAGUGUUAUUGAAAUGAAGGGAUGCAAAAGUGAUGUAGCAUUUUUGACAAACAUUUUCAAGAGCCCACCACCAGAAAUGGAUGCACCCCAUACAUCCAUCUAUCUAAAGGAUGAUGUAGAGCUGGGGGUUCAGAACACUCUCAUCUGUCAUGUGACUGGCUUCUAUCCUCCAUCUCUCAGCAUCUCAUGGACUGUGAAUAAUGCUAAUGUGACAGAGGACAUAAAUUUAAGCCAAUACCGUCCAAGGGCAGAUGGUACCUUCAACAUCUUCUCCACUCUUAAGUUUACACCUGCUGAAGGAGACAUUUGCAGCUGUACCGUGAACCACAUAGCCCUCCAGGGUCAACCUCAGACCAAAACAUUGGAUGUUGAUGUUGCUCUCCCAAGUGUUGGUCCAGCUGUGUUCUGCGGAGUGGGUCUGACUCUAGGACUGUUGGGAGUCGCUACAGGAACUUUCUUACUCAUUAAAGGAAACAACUGCAACUGAUUAUAAAGCAAUGGAAAUACACAUUUUCAAACUGACUAUAACGCCAUGGAAAUAAAACAAAAAUAUUCUAACAGAGCUAACUGUGCAUCAGCAUUAAGUAAUAUACUCACAUGGUUCAAAACUAACAUAUUUAAGUGUCUGUACAGUCAGAGAAAGCUUUCAUGUGCUAAUUAAAUGUUUCCAUAAAACCACCAUCUAAAAAACAUAAUAUAAUGAUGAACAUAAAGAGAAGGCCAUGUGGUAGUAAAGGAUCCUGAGACUCUCAUUCGGCUUUUUUUCGUAUUUUUUGUUGAGCACACAACUUUGGGCCUGAUUGCCUUGGCUGU